UUGACACUGACAGACAGAAAAUUGCUAUGGUGAAUUGGUGAAGUGGACUGGUUGUAAAACAAGAGCAAUGUCGAAAUUAAACAACUAAGUUACAACUGCACAUAUUCCUUUAAAUAUAUUACUAACCCUCGGAUCUUUCAGCAUCGAGCUCAAUCUCUGUUAAAAGGCUACAAUGAUUCACAGCUUGUUUAUAAUAAACCCAUCUGGGGAUGUGUUUUUAGAGAAGCAUUGGCGAAGUGUAGUGCCAAGAUCAGUAUGUGACUACUACUUGGAGGCACAGCGGGCUUCUCCUAACGAUGUUCCGCCCGUUUUGGCCGCACCCCAUCACUACUUGAUAUCAAUCCAGAGAGGUGGUGUGGCCCUGGUGGCGGUCUGCAUGCAAGAAGUGGCUCCAUUGUUUGUGAUUGAGUUCUUGCACAGAGUGGUUGAUACAUUCCAAGACUAUUUUUCAGACUGUACUGAGACUAUAAUUAAGGAAAACUAUGUAGUUGUUUAUGAGUUGCUAGAUGAGAUGCUUGACAAUGGCUUCCCUCUGGCUACAGAGAGUAAUAUUCUCAAGGAAUUGAUAAAACCACCAAAUAUUUUAAGGACUAUUGCGAAUACUGUUACUGGAAAAUCUAACGUAUCUUCAAUACUGCCAUCCGGGCAGCUGUCGAACGUGCCAUGGCGUCGCUCAGGCGUCAAGUAUGCGAACAACGAGGCAUACUUCGACGUUGUAGAAGAAGUAGACGCCAUUAUAGACAAGAGUGGUGCUACUGUAUCUGCUGAAAUACAGGGUUAUAUUGACUGUUGUAUAAAGUUGAGUGGGAUGCCAGAUCUAACCCUUACGUUUGUAAACCCGCGUCUGUUCGACGAUGUCUCAUUCCAUCCUUGUGUGAGAUUCAAACGAUGGGAGUCUGAAAGGAUACUAUCAUUCAUCCCGCCGGACGGUAACUUCAGACUGAUGUCGUACCACAUCGGAUCUCAGAGCGUCGUGGCAAUACCGAUAUACGUGCGACACAACCUCACGCUCCGGUCUAACGGAGACCAGGGACGGUUAGACCUCACUGUUGGACCUAAGCAAACUAUGGGAAGGACUUUGGAAAAUGUAGCAUUAGAGAUCUGUAUGCCAAAGUGUGUGCUGAACUGCUCUCUGACUGCAAAUCAGGGCAAAUAUUCUUAUGAUCCUGUCAGUAAGGUGCUACUAUGGGAUAUAGGCCGCAUAGAGCUGCCGAAACUGCCUAAUAUUAGAGGAACUGUAUCAGUAGCCACAGGGGCGGAUACAUCAGGUGCCAACCCGAGCAUCAACGUACACUUCACGAUUCCUCAGCUGGCAGUCAGCGGGCUCAGAGUGAGCCGCCUCGACAUGUACGGCGCUAAGUACAAGCCCUUCAAGGGCGUAAAGUACGUUACGAAGGCGGGAAAGUUCCACGUGCGCAUGUGAUCGGAGGCCGAUGCGCGGGAACCGUGGAUGUGUCUAGGAUUGUCUAUGAGUGCAACUCGUGUACAGUGACGUGGCUUUUGCUCGAUAACGGAUGAUUUUAUACAGUAUCAUUGGUACUGUUUAACGGAAAUAUCUGUAGCCAUAUGUAAUCGAAAUAUUCAGUUAGCUAAACAUCAAAUGUGUGUCACCACCUCGCAAAAAUUCGUAACUCAUACAUAGAUAGAAACCUCAUUUUCGUAUUGAUCAAAGCGAAUAGCCAAAAACGUGCCAGAGGACGCAUGGCUGAAGAUAUUAUCGUAAACCAUUACCGAAUUAUAAAAUUAGUUUUUGUCUACGUAAGUGAGCUCAUGAGAAUCUUCAUCGUAAAACAGUGUAUGCAUGUCAAAUAUUCUAGUUAGAACAUAAGUUGUAAAUAAUAUAUUAUAUCCAACGUUACAAAUACUAUAUUAAAACAUUUUGAAGCAUUA